ACCAAGUGGAUUGGAACGUGCAAACAGGGUCUUUGGGUCCCUGAUUAAAGUCUCCUUUUUCUUUAUUACUCCCUCGUUCCCUCAUCGCAUCGAAUCCCUUCCUCCUCCUCUUUCCCAUCUAACUGAAUCCCCUCUUUGGUUACUUCCCAUAGAGCAGUCUUUCGUUUCCAUCGUUUCUAUUCUUUCCACUCUCUUUCACUUUCGCUUUUCCCACCAUUCCAUUUUUAAUUUCCACCUCCCGUAUACGUUGUAUAGCCUUUCAAUUCAUCUGUCCAGAGUAUAUAUCAUAUAUAUCCCCCCAUCAGUCACCAUGCGCUCCGUUUUCUACGUUGCUCUGAGCACCCUGGCGACUCUCGCCGCUGCCGCUGAGAACGCCUUCAACAUCCCCAGCACCGGUUAUCAGUUCACUGCCGGCAAGGCCACCACCUUGAGCUGGGAUCCCACCACCUCGGGAACGGUCACGCUGAAGCUGCAGUGGGGUAGUGUGUUGACCGACAGCACUGGUUCUACCAUCGUCGCCAACCUUCCCAACUCGGGUACUUACACCUGGUCCGUGCCCUCGGAUCUCGUCAACCGCUCUGAUUACAGCAUCGAGAUCAUCAGCGACUCGAACAGCAAGGAGGUCAACUACCUGCCUCGCUUUGCGGUUGCUGGCGCCACUGCUGUCGCUACCACCACCACGGCCUCUAGCACGACCACUACUGCUGCUACCUCCACCGCCACUCCUUCUACCACCCUGACCACCCAGUCCAAGUCUCACUCGUCCACCACUCCUGCAACCUCCACUUCUAGCUCCACCUCCUCUACCACCUCCACUACCUCGUCCACCACCUCCGCGACCUCCGUUCCCAACACGAACGCGGGUAUGACCAACCGCGUGUCUGGUGGCCUGGUGGCCCUUGUCCUGGGUGCUCUCGCUCUCUUCUAAGCUAGUUAUCCUGAAAAGGGGGGUUUUGCAGGGUGAGGGGGGGGGGUUUCUCUUUUGAAAGUUUCCUUUUUGGUUGAGCCUUUCUUUUCUUUUUUGUGCGCUCUUGGUUGUCAAACUUAGAUGUGAUUUACACUUUCUUGAUCUGGGGUGUGUCCGUGCCGGGAAGAGUGCAGGGGUUGUUUCCUCCCGAAACAAAUCUUUUGUAGCGGCCUGGUCGCAUCCGAGAGUAUCUUUUAACUAUAUCUGUUUGUACAGACAGAAGGACUUGAUGCAUCGGUACUGGGGGCGUUGUUGUACCGCAUGCUGUAUGUAUGUAUAUAUAUGUAUUCUGUAAUGAAUGUUAUUAGCGC